GGAAUAAUAUGCUUUAAAUAUCGCAAGGGGCCCGGACGAGGGCCCGAAUCAUUGGCUAUGACACCAAUAUGCCCCUUCCCACACCUUGGGCAAGUGCACUGCUUACAUUUUUGCUUUUUACCAAACUUGACCACUUGUCGGUGCUCGCUUGUGGGCGGGCGCUGCCCAUGUCCUUCGGCGCGCGCCCAACUCAGACCGCGCUCAGCCAUCUAUAUACCGAGUGGAAGAGCCCAGCGGCGGACAACACCUGCUGCUGAUUGUUUCUUGUCGCGGUCGGGGAAGGGGACGGUUGGCGCAAUUGCUGGUUCGGCCGUGCCUUGGUUCGGCCGUGCCUCGCGGUUAUUGGAGUUGCUGGAGGGCUGCGGGGUACAUGGGCUGGUGGUGAACACCAGUGCGUGGUUGCGGUCUGUGAACGGCUAGGCUACAGCAGGUGUGCGACCGUUGGGCUGUGCGGUGGUGGUCCCAACCAUUCGCCGUUUAACUCCUUGAUAACCGCCAGGCUUUGGGUUUGGUGUGGGUUGCCGGCCUUUGCAACUGGAUGGUGGGCUGUCGGCGCCACCCAAAACCACCAGGUUAAACACUUUUCGCUCAACCAGGCGGGUUUUGCAAGCAGGUUGCUAACCGUGGGCAGGUCCUUCCUAACGCUUAGCCUAACCGUGGGCAGGUCCUUCCUAACGCUUAGCCAACCAACACCGGUCGUAUGAGGACGCCCGGUGCUGUUUCAACUGGGAGAAAUGGACGGGGAGACGGGGAGGCGGGUGUGGGUGCAGACCAAGACGGGUCUUGGACGGACGCUGUCGGCGUUGUCAGACGGUGAUGUCACACGCGGGUGCUCCGAAGUUGUUGUCGCUUGCUGUGAUGCGGCCGUGUUUUAUAAGGUCUAGGCGGAUUUGAAGGAUACAGGAAGGCAGGGGGCGCCGGGUGCUGACACGCACCGGCGCCGCACAGGCGGGCUCGGCUUGCAAGGACCGGGCACCAGAGGCCAGACGCUGUCUCACUCAACGCUGACCUUUCCUGCGCAAGUCACGCUCUCAGAGGCGGAGACCUGAAGGGGAAGAACUCCACGGAGGUAUAAGUACAAAAGCCGGCCGGGCAAGGAGGCUCGGGCCGGUGAUGGGCAAGAGAAGCCUGGAGGCCCCUAGGGGUCGGAGGCGUGAGGUCGGUCGGGGAGAAGGCUGGGGAAGUGCCCACGCGCAAGGGCCCACAAAGACAGGCGAGGGGGAAGGAGGACGCUAGGUUCCCCCCGGGUGAUGCCCCUGCCCUAGG